GCGAAAAAUUAACCAAUCGUUAUUUACAACUGUGGCGUUCAUCGGGGAACUUGGAACGAUCCUCUUUAAAUGCGUUGGAAGAAGAAUCGAAUCGAAUAGUUUUUAUUUAUUUAUUUAAUAGAAAAAAUUUAUAAGGAAGUUAUUAGUUAUAAGAAGGCUGCCGUUUAAACUUUAUUGUAAUUCUGUAAAUUCAGAAUUGUCGAGUGAGAAUGUCAGAAAUAAUUAAGAAAGGAGAAACAUCUUCGGAUAAUCCACCGAAGAAAGUGAUCGCAUCAAGAGUCCUUGGGACAGUGAAAUGGUUUAAUGUGAAAAAUGGAUAUGGUUUUAUUAAUCGUCAUGAUACAAAUGAGGAUGUGUUUAUUCAUCAGUCUGCUAUAAAAAAGAAUAAUCCAAGAAAAAUGAUACGAAGUGUAGGAGAUGGAGAAGUAGUUGAAUUUGAUGUUGUAAUUAGUGCAAAGGGAAAUGAAGCAGCAAAUGUCACUGGACCAAAUGGCAGUACUGUGCAAGGCAGCAAAUAUGCUGCUAAUUGGAAUUAUCGUGGUCGUUGGUCUGCAAGAAAUAAUUUUCCUCCUUUUAGGCAAAUGCGGAAAAGUCCUAAUAUAGAUAACCUUUCUCAACGCUACAAUGAAGAUGAGGGUAAAAAUUAUGCACCGCGUAGAAGUUCUCAAAGACCAUUUUUUAGAAAAUUUUUUCAAAGACCACCUGGUUCAAAAAACUCUUAUUCAAGAGAAAGAGGGGAUAAUGAGAACAAAUAUAUCUCACGGGUAGAUGAUAAUCAGCGUUCUGAUUAUAACAGACGCCAAGGUCCACCUCGACGAUUUUUUCGCCGUUACUUUAGGCGUGCUACUCGCAGGCCACGUAGUGAUACAGAAGGAAGUCAAAGUGGAAUGGAUAAUGAUGGAAAAGACAUGGAAAUUAAAGAAAAAUCUCAAAGUCAUCAGAACCAUUUGUCUGGAAAUUCUCGUCCUCGACGCACACGCAGAAAUUUGACUUUAGAUAGAGGAGGUAGAAUUCGAAGAUUCUCUAAAGAAAAUAUGAAUUCCGUAGAUACAAAAUCUAAAGAUCUAAGUGAUAGUUAUGGGAUGAAUUUUUCAUCUCAGCAUUCAGAAAGAGAUUUGAAUUCGAGAAUUUCUAAACCUCGUAGACCGUCAUAUAAAAACAAGAUAGCAAAGAAAAAAUAUUACAGCAAGCGAUCGAAUAAUCCAAACUUAAAAUCUUCAUCCAAAGAAUCAUCCGAAGAAGCAAAAGAUGAUGUUACAAACGAUGAUAUUUUUAUUCAAGAAAAUUCGUAUAAUAAAUCGAAUAUGAUGGUAGAAUCAUUGUCACAUAAAGAGUAUGUUACAUCUGCUUUGAGUGAUAUUACAAUGAAUAAUUCUACAAGAGAGAACGAAGUUUUUAAUUCACAGCAAAUGAAAACAGAAAAUUCCAAUGACUCUGUUUCUCCUAUUACAGUCAAUUCUGAGGAAAUGCAGAAUUAUGAAUGUUCAAACAAUAAAAUAGAAAUCCAAGAUGAUAAUUCUGAAAAAGAAAUAGCAUCAAAAGAAUUCUGUCAAGCUGAAGUAGAAAGUAAUGCUUUGAAGGCUGUUGAAAACACUAAAUCUGAAAAUGAAGAUUUAGUUCAAAAUGAAGUAGUUGAAAAGUGCCACACAGAAUCAGAAUUAAUAAAUUCAGUUGUUAAAUGUAGCGUUGAUGUAAAGGAAAACACAACUUCCUCAGAAGAAAUUCCGAAAGUAACAAGUAAUGAAAAUGGUCCUUCAAAUGAAUCUACUGAAGAUACGAAUGUUUUAAUGAAUAAUGUAUCUCAAAAGCAGACUGAAAAUAAAUUAGAAAAAGAUGAAAAUUAUGAAGAAAAAAUUUCACCAGCGGUGCUUGAUAAUGUUGUUGAUAAUGAAAAUAAAGAUACUGUCGUAAAUUCAGAUAGUCAAGAAGCGUCUGUUUCCAGUGAACCAAUUGAUACAUCAGUGUGUGCAUCUCCUCAAGAAGUUUGCAUUUCCAAAGAAACUGCUAAAACAGAGGAUAAAUCUGUAAAUCCAUCUGAUAAAGAACUUAGUAUUUCUGAAGAGAAUAAUGGAGCAGGUGAUACAUUACUAAGUGCAUCCACUAAUGAACUUCCUAUUUCUGAAGCAAACAAUGGAGCAGGUGACACAAGUAUUUGUCCAUCUGAUAAAGAACUCGUUUCAACCAGUGUUUCCGAAUGUGUAUCUCCUGCUUCUGGAGAUGGAGUAACUGCCUCUGACAGUCCAGAAAUGCUAACCGAUGAACUCUCAGAAAAAAGUACAGUAGAAGAAAAUCAAACAAAUGCUUGUGCUAGUGGAGAUUCAAAUACUACUUCUCCUCCUUUAUCAGUUCAUAAACCAGUUAUUUCAACAGUUAAUUCUUUUGGAGAAAAGGCUGUUACUUCGUGUGAAGAUGUUGGUGCCAGUGACACUCCAUCUGAAGCAACAGUAUUAGCAUAAAUUGUUGCAUGUAAUUUAAACUUUGUUUAAAAAAUUUUAUAUAUAUAUGUAUAUAUACAUAUAUAUAUAUAUAGUUGUAUAAAGGUCAGUUACUGUAGAAUUUAAAUUUAUAAUAUGCUGUUUGCUUUUUUUUCAAUACAAAAACAAAAAAUAAUUCUUUCCGCUAUAUAAAACUCAUGAGGAAAGAAACAUUCUGCAUAUAGUUCAACUGUUAUUUUUUAAUUUUUAACAGCUAAGAAUGGCUGUUUUGAGAACAGUCUAUUUAUUUAUAUCUCUUUAACUUAUUUUUGUCAUAAAUAAAACCAAAAAAAAAAACAAAAAUACAAAUUUGAAUA